GCUUUUCACCGAACUUGAGUCUUGCGAACCAUGGUAAAUCUUGAAGCCUCAAGCGACUCGAGCCAUCAGCUCAGGGCAAGGGCACGUCAGAGGCGCACCAACCAGGAAAGAGCUGCCCAGAGCCGUAGUCAGACCCUGCGAGCCACGUGCGACGGUCGCCAACCAGCAAAAGCUGUUCCACAGGCAACUUCUGAGCAACAGCCUCCAUCCAAGUCGACUUGGUAACUGAAGACAGAUCAAAUUGCUUGAAACAACAUAACAAUCGUUUUGAGAACAAGGACACAACAUCUCUGCAACCUGCCAACCCAACUAACGGAGCCAAUCAGAGUUCUUAAAAUCCUUUAGCUGUGUCUCGGCGUUACAGCACUCCUUAUUACCAGACAUCUGGGCUGGUGGGAUGGCUAAAGUCGACGGACUCCUCCGUUGGUUAUUGCCGCAGCACUGUGGCCCUCUUGCCCGCGGCACUCUCCUUCAGCAGCUCCCCAGCUGGGCUCACUGUCGGUCGAUGUCCGGUG